UAAACGUGGCGGCCGCAAGCGUCAAGUUAUGGCGUUUCCCAAAAUCUUUUUAAAAUAAAUUCUUAGUUAUUUAGUAAAUGGUAUCAAUGAUAGUGAGAUUAUUUGCAUCAUUAAUAUGAGCGGUAGAUAUUACGACUUCGGUAGCGGGAUAUCAUGUUGACAUGAGAUGGUCGCUCGUCAACAAUGGUUAAAACACGGUCUUCAGCGAGGGUAGUAAGCUCAACGCAGGGUGCGUCCGCCGAAAAUGGAAGCGCCGAGCUUAGAUCGCGCCUCAAAGAUCGCUCUCAGAAGAGUAACUCCUCUAGGAACAACCAGCUGUCUUCAAGCGGGGGCGGGUCCGGGCAGGGCCAGGGCAAGGACCCUCUGGCGCCGGCGCUGCCCUCCUCGCGGGGACUCUACCAGCAGCACCCCGCUGCUAGUGGAUACAACACACAGGACUCCAGGGGACAGAACAUGUCACAGUCUGUCUCGCAAGCCCGUCAGAACGCAGCCAUGUAUGCAAGCGGCAUGUACCACGGCUACGGCGGCGGCGGCGGCGGCUCGCUCGCGCCCAUGCCCGCGCCCUCGCCCUCCGCGCCGCUCGCGCCCUACCCCGUGCAUCCGGAUGUCAAGUUUAAGAAACUCCCGUUCUACGACGUGCUGGCCGAGCUGAUGAAGCCGUCCACCAUGAUGCCCAUGCAGGUGGGCCGCAUGCAGGAGGGCACGUACGUGUUCCACCUCACCCCGCAGCAGGCCACCGAGAUAGCUUGUGGCAAGGAUAUCGUGGGCGCUGGGAACAAACUGGAUUAUGUUAUACAGGCACAGCUACGGUUCUGCCUUCUAGAAACAUCUUGCGAGCAGGAUGACCACUUCCCGCCUAGCGUUAAUGUCAAAGUAAACAAUAAGAUGUGUCCGUUACCAAACCCAAUACCAACCAACAAGCCAACACCAGAGCCGAAACGGCCACCGCGCCCGGUCAACAUCUCUUCCCUGGUCAAGCUAUCCCCAACCGUGGCCAACACCCUCCACGUGACUUGGGCCUCGGACUUCACUCGCGCCUACGUGCUAAGUGUCUUCAUGGUGAGGAAACUGACCUCGGCUGAGCUGCUGCAGCGGCUGAAGAAUAAGGGGACCAAGAAUCCCGAUUAUACUCGGUCACUUAUAAAAGAGAAGCUCUCCGAAGACUACGACAGCGAGAUCGCCACCACUUCCCUCCGGGUCUCACUAAUGUGUCCUCUCGGCAAGAUGCGCAUGUCGGCCCCGUGUAGGCCGGCCGCGUGCCCGCACCUGCAGUGCUUCGACGCGAGCCUGUUCCUGCAGAUGAACGAGAGGAAGCCCACGUGGCUGUGCCCCGUGUGCGACCGCCACGCGCCCUACGACGAGCUCGUGGUCGACGGCUACUUCCUCGAGGUCCUCACCUCCUCCCGGCUAUCGUCAGACUGCAACGAGAUCCAGUUACACGCGGACGGGUCGUGGUCGGCGCACGCCCCGCCGCCGCGCCCCGCCGCGCCGCCGCCCGUUGAGCCCGUCACGCUUAUAUCUGAUGAUCUGGAAGUGAUCCCUGUAGACGGCAACGGGACGGGCAAGCGGGCGGCAGUGGGCGACGCGCGCACCCCCAAACCCACUGAAGUGUUGGUUGACUUGACUUCAGACUCGGAAGACGAGCAGCCUCUCAAGCGGAAGCAGCCGAAGGCGCCCGCCGCGCCCGAGGUCACGGUUAAGACUGACGACGGAUAUAAUUCUAGCACGCCAGUGGAAGCGGUCUCCUCCAGUGGGUACCUGAGCCCGGGCGGCGCGGGAGUCAUCUCGCUGGACAGCCCGUCCCCGCCCGCCUCGCCGCCCGCCCAGAGCGACGCGCCGGCCGCGCCCGCCCCCGCAGCGGCGGCGGCGGCGGAGGCGCGCGGGGAGGACGCGGACGCGGCGCCGGCGCACUGGCAGCCCUUCGCUGACUCCGAGCGCGACAACGACGACUCGUAUAGGAGGUACUGACUGAGGGAGAAGAGUGGUCGCCCCUCGUACGCGAGCGGCCACUCUUCUGAAGAGGAACAGGAGCCUUCGUACCCGGAAGUGCCGAUCUUACCGCCGUAAGCGGUCUCACCCAGACAACAAACCCACCCGGAGAGAUGACGUUUAGGGGACUCGCUAAACGUAACAAUUUGAACCAGUCGGUUGAGAGAUAGUACAAAUAUAUAUUGUGUCUCUAAGAUAGACAGGUUGUUGGAAAUUUGGUAUCGUAAGCUGAAAGAGGUGGCUUUACACAAUCUUUUGGAAAUUCGUAUAAUGACUCCCUGACUCACGCCCUUUCGACUGUACUUUUUAUGCAGCACCUGUAUAACUGCUUAGGUUACGUUUAGCGAGGCUUCUAUUUGAACUUAGUUUCAAAGUACUGCCGGACAGUCGUUGUGACAAAUGAAUUGCGACAGUCUUUAUAAGCGAAGUUUAAAACAACACGCAAGAGUUCACUUGACUCCCCACCCGUACCGCGAACGCAUCUGCGGUCAUAAGUUUACUUUUGCGUGUUGUUGUACGUUGAUAUACAUACAUACUUGGUGUGUGUAAAGAAGACACUUCCACCUACAUACCGGCCUCACUUUUUAAAUAUAAGAGUGUGGCUUUAGCCUAAUACUGAAUCUUCGACUUUUAUGAAAAUGAUUUGCAUUAGCGGCUUAGGACUAUCUGUGACUGAUUCUUGGAUUGGACUGAAAUUCAAAAAUGGUGCGACAGUGGUUAUUUUGUCUUUGCCUAUGCCUGGAAAUUAAAACGUUCGAAAAGAUGAAAAUUUUUGGAUCUUUUCGGAUUUUUUUAAGAUACUA